AUGUCUGGCCGUUCACGGAGGCUUGCAGGAUGCUUGCUGCCGUGGUUGGCUUGCGCAGGAGUCCCUUUGAGCUUCCUGCACUGGCCGGGGCCAGUGCAACGCAACGGCCGUGAGCUGCGCACUGUUAUGGGGGUGCGCGAGAAGUUGGGCAGUUUAUCCCGAAAAACGAUUGCUCCAAAUACGGCUGAUGUUGACGCCCAGGCGAAAGCCCUGACAUCCAAGAUCAAGGGAGCUGGGUCAGUGGACGUGCUGAUCCGCCUUGUCGAUGAGGAGGUGAACAGCCCUGUCUUCAAUUGUAUCCAUGCAGGAGCGGUUUACCACAGCCUGGCACAGUUUAAGCAGAAGAUGGGUUCUCUGCCUGUAGCCUGCGCUGGGAGCCCUGCUCUCCUCAAGUUGAAUGGUCGCUUGAAGGGCUUCAUAAAGGAAAUCAAGAUCGGGCCCCGGCAGUUUGCCAACGUCUUGUGGGCGGCAGCGUAUUUACUUGAUGCAAUCCCUGGGAUGACCCAGUUGUUUCCUGCCAUUGUUGCUGCGUUUCCAGUUUUGGCACGCAGGAUGAACGCUUUUGAUGUGUCCAACUGCAUGUGGGCAUCAGCUCAGUUAAAGGAUGAGUUGCCGGAUGAUGUUGUGAAGAUCAUCUCACCACUUGCUGCCAAGAUUCCGUAUGUGGCCGAUGACUUGACACCCCAAGAACUGUCCAACUGCUUGUGGGCAACUGCGCAGUUGAAAGACGUGGCACUUGAUGAUGUGGUCAAGAGCAUGCCUGCGCUAGCCGCCAAAAUCCCAGGCAAAGCUGAUAGUAUGAAACCGCAAGAGUUGGCCAACUGCUUUUGGCAGCGGCGCAAUUGA